UACAUAUCAUACAUCCGGCUUUGCCAUAAGGGACCGGACACCCUGUAUGUUACUCGAUUUGAAUUUAGCGGUUACCAAAAUGGCUCUGGAGGGGCAUUUUUUUUUAAUUCGGGACGGAUGCUCCCCAUUCGCCGACUCUUCUUUAGUGCCCUUUAACUUUAAUAAAACGCAAAUUUUCUUAGUGUAAUUUUUGAAUUAUUUUUUUAAUAAUACCUGAGUGAAAUAUGUAUAAUAAUGAAGUGGUAAUUGAUAAACCGCAAAGCAAGGAACGUUGUGCGAACAUUAGAGAUGAUUUGAAAAUGUGUUUACUACAAACUGACUGUUGUAGAAAGUACAAAAAAACUCCUCGACAAUGUCUUCUAGACAGAGAUCCAUCAAUUCCUGAUGAAUGUUAUGUCCUAAAGAAUGUAUUUUAUGAAUGUAAAAGAUCAUUGAUUGAUGCAAGAAGAAGGUUUCGUGGUCCUCGAGACUAUUAGUGCUAUACAUUAGAUACAUAAUGAAAAAAACAUCAUUUUUCAAAGAAUCGUUACAAAAUAAUGUGUCAACUAACAAAGCUGUACAUAUUGUAAUUAAAUGCAGACUAUUUUAAUUAAAUAAAUAAGUAAGGAUAAAA